CGUCAGGGUGAGCCAUCUUCUUUUCUCACCUCUCUGCUGGAGCUCUACGUCACAGGGAAUUUCCAGUAGGGAAGGAAAUCAAGUCACUUUAUUCUGAGACAAACUUGUCACCUGUUGGAUUUCAUUUGGGCCUAAUCUGCGUGGAUUAAAAACUGGCCGUGGCUCCAGACCCUUAAAAUGUUGUCUGGCUGAAGCGAGGCUGUAAGUGGGUCCGCGGGUUCGGCAUGGCGAACAAAUAACGAGUCAACUGGAGUGAAGCGGGACGAGUCACACUCAUGGUCACACUUCAUGCUACCGACUUCCACCUGAUCGAGUAAACCAGGUAAAAGCCUGCUACCGACACACGAACCGCGUAAACCCGGACUCUGGCCCGUUUAGUCGGACUCGAGGUCCGAACUUCUCCCUAGACCGUUACGGUGUUCUACGGCUCUGACUGACUGCUUUGUUAUGCUACUUACUUCCUCAUCAGCCAGACACAAUGGCAGGAGACGACCCCUUCCUCCAUCCAUCCAACCAGAUAUUUGACAACGUGAUGAUGAUGGAUCCAUCCUGGGAGUUCCCACCCUUUUCUGCAAUACCUCAGAUGGCGUCUCUACGGACAGUUGAUGGGCCGUUCCUGCAGAUCCUGGAGCAGCCGAAACAGCGCGGCUUCAGAUUCCGGUACGGGUGUGAAGGUCCAUCCCACGGCGGCCUUCCAGGAGCCUCCAGUGAGAAGAACAGGAAGACCUACCCCGCAGUGAAGAUCUGUAAUUACCAGGGUAAGGCCCGGGUGGUGGUCCAGCUGGUGACGGCUCUGACCCCCAUGCCUCAGCUUCAUGCUCACAGCCUGGUGGGGAAACUGUGUGACAAAGGCAUCUGCAUCGCAGAAAUGCAGUCCAAAGACUCCAGCAUCAGUUUUCCCAACCUGGGGAUCCUCCAUGUGACCAAGAAGAACGUGGCAAAGACUUUGGAGGAGAGGAUGGUGGAAGCCUUCAGGAUGGGGUACAGCUGUGGGGUCGCCAUCCACCCUGAGAUCGACGUGCUGCAGGGGGAGGUCCGAAUCCCACGAGAACUCUCAGACCACCAGCGCAACAUCAUCAGCAUAGCAGCAGCCAAUCAGGCCAAAGAGAUGGACCUCAGCGUGGUUCGGCUCAUGUUCACCGCCUUCCUCCCCGACAGCGAUGGAGGCUUCUCCAGGCGGCUCGAGCCGGUGGUGUCAGAACCAAUCUACGACAGCAAGGCUCCGAAUGCGUCCAAUCUGAAGAUUGUGCGGAUGGAUCAGACUGCUGGCUGUGUGACUGGAGGCGAGGAAGUCUACCUGCUCUGUGACAAAGUCCAGAAAGAUGAUAUCCAGGUGCGGUUUUAUGAGGAGGAUGAAUCGGGGCUGACCUGGGAAGCUCUGGGAGAUUUCUCCCCCACAGAUGUCCACAGACAGUUUGCCAUCGUCUUCAAGACUCCGAAGUAUCGAGACCAGAACCUGCAGAAGCCAACAUCGGUGUUCGUCCAGCUGAAGAGGAAAUCUGACAACGAAACAAGCGAGCCUAAACCCUUUACUUACCACCCUCAGGUCAUAGACAAGGAAGAGGUACAGAGGAAAAGGCAGAAGACAUUGCCAAACUUCCAGGACUUCAGUGGUCACGGAGGAGGAGGUGGUGGAGGAGGAGGAGGGCUGUACCGAGGAGGAGGAGGUCCUGCAACAGGAGGAGGAUAUUUUCAGGGCUUUGCCUCUUAUAGCUAUGGGGGAGGGGGAGGAGGAGGAGGAGGUUUCUCCACUGGAUACUCAGCUGGUCUGGGAGGAGGAGGAGGCACCAAGCAUGCUUCUGACAGCGACACUGCAGCCGACGACAAUGAUUCAGACGAUGACUCGUCAGGGGACAGACCGAGAGCUCCAGCCAUGCCUGGAGGGCUGGAGGAGGGGGAGAGUGAGGAGGAGAGAGUCAGAAUGGAGCACGAAGCAGACAGAGAGGAUCAGCUGGUUGACGUGACCUGCAGGCAGCUGGAUGCGCUCUUUCACUACUCUGUCACAGGUGAUUCAGCUUACCUGCUGGCUCCGCAGCGCCCCCUGAUGGCAGCACAGGACGAGGACGGAGACACUGGGCUGCACCUGGCUGUUCUACACAGCCAGCAGGAUGCGCUGAUGAGUCUGACGCAGGUGGUGUCUGCUCUGCCUGGAGAGGAGGUGCUCAAUAUGAGGAAUCACCUGUACCAGACUCCUUUGCACCUGGCGGUGAUUACUCAGCAGAAGGAGGCAGUGGAGGCCCUGCUACUGGCUGGUGCUGACCCGACUCUUACAGAUCGCCAUGGCAACACAGUGCUGCACCUGGCAGCUCAGCAGGAAGGAGGCGGCAUGGUGGGGUUCUUACUGAGACGCAGAGAGUUAAGAGAGCUGCUGCAGUGCUGCAACUCUGCAGGUAUGUGUGCCAUACACCUGGCAGUUCUGGCCAAUCAGUUUUCCUCUCUCAGAGAGCUGCUGGAGGGUGGUGCUGAUGUGGAGGCUCAGGAGCGUAGUUGUGGACGGACUGCCCUCCACCUUGCCACAGAGAUGGAUAACGUGUCGCUGGCCGGCUGCCUGCUGCUGGAGGGAAACGCCAUAGUGGACUGCUGCACCUUUAAUGGCUCCACCCCUCUCCAUGUGGCCACGGGGCGGGGCUCCAUCAAGCUGACGGCUCUCCUGAUGGCUGCAGGCGCGGACCCACAGAAGGAGAACUUUGAGCCACUGUUCUUCAGAGAGGAGGUGGAGGACGAGGAGGGAGGCUGUAAUGAAGCUGAUGAAGGUUACAUCCCAGGAACAACUCCUCUCAGCAUGGCCACCAACCCCCAGGUGUUGGAUCUUCUCAAGGGCAAGGAUUACGAACCAAAGUCUCCUCAUCAUGUCUUCAUCCCUCCUCAAGGUGACCUGGCCAGCCUGGACAUGAAGGUAAAGCAGGCGGUGUGCAGCGCAGUGGAGAGUGAAGGAUGCUGGGAGAAUCUGGCUCACAGUCUGGGUCUUGGAAUCCUGAACAUGGCCUUCAGACUGAGCCCCUGCCCCACCAAGACCUUGCUGGACAGCUACGAGGUUUCAGGUGGCACCAUUAUGGAUCUGCUUGCUGCUCUCAGAUCAGUGGGUGGGUGCAAAGCUCUGAGUAUCAUGGAGGAGGCACUGUGUUGCAGCCAGGAACCGAGUGGGGAGCCUACACACACUCCGGCUGUGGAGCUGAAGGUGGACGUUCGUAUUGACAGUGGGGUCUGUGACAGCGGGGUGGAGCUUUCCACGGCGUAGCUGUCUGACUGGUCCGUCAGCAGCUUCAGCCAUGACUCCAGACACGUCUCCUUCUCCUCUUUAGCACCGCUCAGACAUUCUCUUCAGGCAUUUGAGACUUUUUUUACGAAAUGAGAUGCAACCUGAAAGCUAAACCAUUGUUUUAACAGACCAAAAAGAUAAAAGGACGCAACUCUACUUCCUGUUUCUUGUUCUCAAACACCUUCUGUCUAACCAGCAAGAACCUCACAGGACAUUUGUCCCUUCUCUUUAAAGCUACCAAAUGGUUCUGUAGGCAGAGCUUGGCGAUGAAGACGAGGGUCUGAUGAUGCUGGAAAAGGUGCUACUGAAACAGAACCGAUUGUAAAAAGGUGCUGGACUUUGUGAUCUGAGCUCUGAGGUAGUGUGUCACGCUGGAGAUCUGUUGGUGUUGCUGCUGUGUCUUUCUCUGGUCUUUUCCUGGAUGUCUCCCAAACCCGAACCUGGAAUGGGCUCAUGGACUCUUUCGUACUGGCAGAAAACCGGUCGGAAUAAGUAGUUUGGAUCAGGAUUACCGAGUUCGGUUCCAGAACUGCUGUUAUUUAAGUGUUCUUCCUCACACUUCAGAACCAAACCAAUUUCAGCCGAUUAGUCCAAACGAGUUACAGAUGUGAUCACUCUGAUUUUAGAUGACUCUCGUGUUUAUGUCAGCUCGUCAGUUGCAGGAAUCAUCAAAACCCGUAGAAAAACAUCUGCUAUCAGCUGUUUAUCUCAGAAAUGAAGAGAUUAUUAUAAUCAAAAGGUUCUGAUGAAGUGGUAACAAAACAACGGGAAAAACAGGACAAAUAACGAGUUCCAAGAUGAGUGAAACCGGACCAGAAACCUAAUCACUGUUGGUGAGGACCCGGAGCUGCCGAUUUGGUAAAGAAGCCUUUUGGAUCUUAGUCCAACAAAACAGGUUUGAUGGAAGCAGAACCAAAGUCUCCAUGUUGGGUCUUGAUUCUGCAGAUCUGAUGAUGGACCUGACUGAUGAGAGAAACCCCAGAUGAGCAGAACCAAAAACACCUGACGGAUUAUCUCAUCAGGUUUUUGUUUUGAGCUGAGUUUAGUUUGUUUCCUACCAAAUAAAACAGGCAAGUGAGCAUCCUAGCAUCAGAUCUGAUUCCACAUGUUGUCCAGCUAUUGUCAAACGGACAGACCUGUCUCCACAUGGACACACAUUUACAGGUGAAACUCAAAAAAUUAGAAUAUGGUGCAAAACUUAAUUGUAUUAGUUAUUCAACUUAAAAGGUGAAACUAAUAAACAAGACAGACUCAUUACAUGUAAAGCCAGAUAUGUAAAGCCUUUAUUUGUUAUAAUUGUGAUGAUUAUGGGUUGCAGCUUACGAAAAGCCCACAUUCAAAAUCUCAGACAAUCAGAAUAUUGUGAAAAUGCUUUAGACUCAAUAAUCAGCUAAUGAAUCCAAAACACCUGCAAAGGGUUCCUGAGCCUUUAGGUGGUCUCUCGGUCUAACUACUGAAAUAAACUUUUGCAUCAUAUUCAAAUUUUUUAUGUUCAUCUGUAGUUUUAUUGUUCACACAUGAAGCGUGAACUCUUCUCUCUGCCUGUUUUAAGAUGUGAUUUUAUGAUGUUUUUUUACUGAACAUUAUGUGUUUAAUUUCCUUAACUGACCUUCAGGUAUCUUCAGUCUCUUUGGUCGAUUCAGUGUAAAAAGAAAGGAAAACGGAAAGGUUUUGUAGAAAAUCUAGUCCAGGUGUGUGAGGCUAUUUAUGUCCUUGUUUGCUCUCUAACUGGUUACUGGUUUUUAUUAAACUUGUUUUUAUAUGUUUAA